AGGGUUAAUAUAUUGUGCAGAGUAACAUUAACACAAAUUCAUCAUCAAAGAGACUUUUAUUAAUUUCUUCAUGUAAUUUCUCUCUUUCUAAGCCCUUUGAAUUGUACGUUUAGGAUAUCCACAUUAAAGUUUGCUUUUACUUCUUCUUUGAAUGGCGACCCAUUGAGUAGUAACUAUGGAAAGUAACAAGUUAUGCAACAAACGUGUCAUUUCCUUCAGCCACAGAUGUCUUGAGCAGUUAUUGCCCCAUUAAACUGGAACUCGCUGUAAAAAUAGACUUGGAACUAUAUCCUUACAUUUGUGGAUUUAAAUCUCUGGAUGAAUUACUGUUGGCUGUAUUCCUUUAAAAUAAAAACAUGUUUAAAAAAGAGAAAUAAAGAGAAAUAUUGCAAGGGGCUGUAGCUUUCUGUGUAAUUUACAAGUCACUGGGUUAUAUGUCUGCUUGUAUUUCAUCUGGAAUCAGAGGAUGUUGCCUUCCUUGUGAAGCUUGAUAUAUUUCACUAGUAACUGUGAUUGAAAAGAAAAUCUGAUGAUCAUUUGAUACUACAGAUGGAGGCUAUCACUUGCGGGUUGACUCUUAUUCAACGAAGGAAAAUUCUGUGUCUUGCAAACAGCAGUGCCACUUCUUCUGAAUGUCUGCAGUGACAGGCAGCUAGACAACAGACACCCCAUCAGGUGGCAUUUAUAUAGCCUGAAUUGUGCAUUGGAUUUGAACAGAUGACCAUCGCGUGAAUACUGGUUUUUAUACUUACUCAGAAUCAACACAGCUUCAUUGGCUUCAAGACAGUGUUAAAAAGCAGGUCAUCUGGCCCUUUCUGAUACAGAGAAUCAUGCACAUCACAGGAGCUGAAAGACUCAUCCUCAUUGGUGGUCUGCUGCAAGAAAAUCCAUCCCAACCCACUCUAAGUCCAGCAACAGUACAUGUGAUGGAGGGGACCUCAGUGAGUCUGAUCUGCUCUGCUGCAGCCCCCUGUCCCUCACUCCCUCCAACUCUGACAUGGACCCCCACACUGAGUGACAGUGUGGAGGAUUUGCAGGUGACUCCGAAUCGAGUCAUAACUUCUAUCCUGAACUUUACCGCUUCACAUGUCCACCAUGGAGAGAAGAUCUCCUGCACUGCGCUGUACAAACGACAAGCUGGCAAGAGUGAUAAAUCAUCCAAAACUGAUCUGACAGUCGCUGUUCUUUACUCUCCCAAGAACACCUCAGUGUCAGUCAGUCCCUCUGAUUCAGUGGUAGAGGGCAGCUCUGUGACUCUGACUUGCAGCAGCAAUGCUAACCCAGCAGUGGGGCGCUACAACUGGUACAGAGUUAUUGGAGAGCAGGUUUCAACAGUGAGGGCUAGCAGAAUGCUAACUGUCCAGGUACCAGCAGAUGACAGUUAUUUCUACUGUGAAGCCAUCAAUGACCAUGGAACCGAGAAGUCAUCUGUCAUUCAACUAGAUGGAAUGUACCCUCCCAAGAACACCUCACUGUCAGUCAGUCCCUCUGGUUCAUUGGUAGAGGGCAGCUCUGUGACCCUGACCUGCAACAGCAAUGCCAACCCUGCAGUGAAGAACUACACCUGGUACAAAAUCAAUGGGACUGAGGCUGUCCUUUUAGGAUCUGGAGAGAGCUUCACCUUAGACAGUAAAGCAAGUGAUAGCGGGGAGUACUGCUGUGAAGCACUGCAUGCACUCGGUAAAGAAAAAGCCACAGUUGUUCAGCUGGAUAUUCAAUCCCCUCCCAAGAACACCUCAGUGUCAGUCAGUCCCUCUGGUUCAGUAGUAGGGGCAGCUCUUUGA